AUGCUCUCGCUCUUCAACGACUUCAAUAUCAUCAAGGAUGUGCCAUCAUCGACUCGCGGUAUCUUCAAUUUGGGGGCGAAUGGUCUCAUCGGAACCAGAGAGGUAGAUGAAGGAAAUGUGAAAAAAAUGCUCAAAGAUUUUGAGAUCGAAAGUUGUGGUAGUUUAGAGCCGGAGCAUAAAAUCGCCGUGAUUGCUCACCGCUGGAGGAAUGAUCUGAUAACUGUGAGCAGCUUGGCCGGAUUUCAAACUGUUUUUGGUAUCCAAGAUAUAGUCUAG